GGUGGGGUCCCAUUGGCUUCAUCUCCUGCGGCCCCUCCCCCUCAUUAUGGCUGUGACACAUCAGUAUUCAGUCACCUGGGGGCUGCCUGUCACUGUGUGACCCGGGACAGGCCCCCUGACUUCUCUGUCCCGGGUCGUCUUAUCCGUGAAAUGGGACUCGUCAAGGCACCGGCUUCAUUCGCUCGUCACUGCGCAGCCCCGCAGCGCCCCACGCCGUGCAUGACCUUGGCGCAUUCCUCUAACCAAGCGUUUGGCUGUGAAGGUAGCAUCUCUUUUUACAACGAUCUGGUGGUGGUGGCUGGGGGUUGGGGGGUGUCCUUUCCGGGGGCGUCUGGGGUUUGAGACGCGCAGGGCCCGGCGGCCCUCCCUCUCCUGAGAGUGUUUUCAAAGUUAACUUUGGGACCGUUCCCGCGAGGGCCGCACGGAAACUCAAAGAACCGGCCUUAGGGGAUCCGAGCAAAUUCCACCGUCGUCAAGUCCUGGUGCUCCGUGAAAGAUGCUCUUCCCCUCGGGGCUUCGGAGCCGGAGCAUUUGUCGACAGUUCCUGCCUCUUUACCCGGCUGCCGGCGCGAGGGUCCCGCCACCUCCAGGAGCCGCCCCCACCCCGCGCCCCGCAGCCCGCGCCGCCCCGUGCGGCCCGCGGUCCUCCUCACCUAUCAGAUUUCCUGUGCGCACCGCCGCGCGCUCCUCCCACCUCUUAAACGCGGAGCGGAGCGGGGCGGAAAGCCAUCCUCGGCCUGGACCCAGCGCCUCCGGGGACCUGCUGCCCGCCCCCUGCGUCGGCGGGCCGGGAUGCGGCUCUGAGCCCGCGGCGGCUUCCAGCCCGCCCGUGGCUGCCCGGGGCUGCCCCACGCACGUUUCAUCUGGAAGACAGGCCAUUGAAACCCAGCAUUUGUGUUCAAGGAAGAAAAUGUAUCCAAGUCACAAAGAAGUAUAAUUUGGCUUUUGGAGACAUGGGCAGCUUCAUUUCUCAUUUGUUCAUUCAAAACUCUCCACUGGGCUUCUAAAUGCCACACCUUGUCCAGAAUGAUGAAAGAUACAGAAAAUGGUCCCUGCUGACCUUCUGGAGUUAUUGACUAGUGAGAAAGUGAUUCCUGACAGAAUCAUCAUUUUUGGUAAACAAACCAAGCCCAGAACCUGAUAAGUGUGGACCAUCCUAUGCUGACAGUUCCUUGAAACAAAUUUCCUCUUGGCAUUUACACUGUGGCUUCAACUUUCAAACCAGAGCUUCCUCUUAGCCAGCAAAAAAUGGCUUACCCGAAGAUGAGAUUGAUGUAUGUUUGCCUUCUGGUUCUGGGGACUCUUUGUUUGUAUUUUAGCAUGUACAAUCUGAAUCCUUUCAAAGAGCAUCCCUUUGUUUACAAGAAAGAGUACGGUAACUUCCUGAAGCUCCCAGAUACAGACUGCAGGCAGACACCCCCCUUCCUUGUCCUGCUGGUGACCUCAUCUCACAGACAGUUGGCUGCGCGCAUGGCCAUCCGGCAGACGUGGGGGAAAGAGAGGAUGGUGAAAGGAAGGCAGGUGAAGACAUUCUUCCUCCUGGGGACCACCAGCAGUGUGGUGGAAAUGAAAGAGGUGGACCAGGAGAGCCAGCGACAUGGGGACAUUAUCCAGAAGGACUUCAUAGAUGUCUAUUACAACUUGACCCUGAAGACCAUGAUGGGCAUGGAAUGGGUGUAUCACUUUUGUCCUCAGACGGCGUUUGUGAUGAAAACAGACUCAGACAUGUUCAUCAAUGUCUACUAUCUGAUCGAACUGCUUCUGAAGAAAAACAGAACAACCAGGUUUUUCACUGGCUACUUGAAACUCAAUGAGCUUCCCAUCAGGACGCCAUUCAGUAAGUGGUUUGUCAGUAAAUCUGAAUAUCCAUGGGACAGGUACCCGCCAUUCUGCUCUGGCACGGGCUACGUGUUGUCUGGAGAUGUGGCGAGUCAGGUGUACAAUGUCUCUGAGAGCGUCCCGUUCAUUAAACUGGAAGACGUGUUUGUGGGGCUCUGCCUGGAAAGGCUGAACAUCAGACUGGAGGAGCUCCACUCCCAGCAGACCUUUUUCCCAGAGGGCUUGCGCUUCUCCGUGUGCCACUUCCGGAGAAUCGUGGCCUGCCACUUCAUCAAGCCCCAGAAUCUCCUGGACCACUGGCAGGCCCUAGAGAAUUCCCGGGAGGAAGAUUGUCCGGCUGUCUGAGGUGAGCCCAGAGGCACUUCUGGACAAGUUUCAGAUAACCUGUGGGAUAGUUUUUGCAAGAUUUUGGAAGAAGGAGUGGAACAGAGGGUGCUGAUUUUUAGUGCUGAAAUCCACGCCAGAAUGUCGGUGUUCAUGAAGCCACUGUGUGGUUCCCACUUGGUGUCCCAGGCAAUAAUAGACCCUGUCUCUUGGGCGUGCACACGCUACAUACUGUUUGACAUACACCUGCAUUUCUGCAUUUCAGGGGCCAGUAUCCUAGGACAUGAUAGAUGUUACCAUCCGAAUUUUACAGGUAGGGAAACAGCUGCUGAGAGGUACAGAAACUUGUCCCAAAGCUCACAGACAGCAAACAUAAGAGCAAGAAUGAAAAUCGAGCACUGCUGGAAUCUGACUUGGACCAUUCCUACAUGCUGCCUCCCUUAGGAGGGAUAGUAACGAUGAGACCUCUGAGCCAUCAUCCUUCUGUCCCUGUCCAGAGUCCCCUGUACCUCAGCUCCCAAUCCUUGUGCUUUUUAGAGCUAAGCCUGGGAUGAUGAGACUCAUCCCAGCUCCCUCAUUCAUGGGGCUGGAUGUUUUGGGCACCAAGUCCAUGUUAUGGGCUCAGUACUCAACGCAACCCAAAUUUCAUCCCAGGAAAUGUCCCAAUAGUGGAUGCAGCUCACACACUGAGGAACGCCAAGUUCUGGGCAUUACAGCGUUCCUGAAAAUGUAUAAAUUAGCCUCAAAACCACUGCAGUCUGGCCUGCUGUAAAGACUGCCCACACUGCUGACCUUCUUAGCGAGCAGGAUGUCUCUUCUGAGCCAUCUGCUGCCCCCAGGAACACUGUAGGGCUCUCAGUUCAAACUGAAGGGCAGUUGGACUCAGACAUGGUUCAUGAGGGACUCUGGGAGCCUUCUGGGAAUUCAGUUGGAUUUAUGUCAAGAUGCUCUCAAGGACCCUUCGGACACAAAGCCCCAAAGAGGGCCCUGGUGAAGCAGGGUGGUCCUGUGUCCGCUUCCCAGGCCUGACCCAAGCUCAUCUUCACUGAGUUUCUCGUUUGGCCAAGGAACAACUGAACUUUGCGGUUUGGUGUUUAGCCUGCAGUUUACUCCGCUGCCUCCCGCCCAGAGGUUCGUGCAGGCCUGUCCUGCAGGGUUGUGUGAAACCAAGGCACUUCUUUGCAAGAGGUUUUGCCCAUGCAGCCACGGUCACGUGACAUGCAAAGCAAUCUUGCUGCUCAUUAUAGAAAUGAUUGUUUUAUUUUUUUAUUUUUUACUUUACCAGACAUUAUUUUGUACUCAGAGAAGAGGCCUCACAUGGCUGUGUCACAUAUAAAUGUUGGACUAAACUCUUA